AACGACUUAUCUAAGAUGAAGUUCGAGUGCAACUUGUUCUGCGCAUCCCAUCAUGCAGAUGUCUUUCUCUUGCCAUCUUCUCUUGUUUCGCCGCUGCCUCUCCGACAACCCACCUAGCUAGCACCACAGAUUCAGUGUUCGUUCGAGUCGACAAGAUGAUCCGCGGAAGAACACAGAUCUCACGGAUUGUGAUUGCCGCCCUAUUCAGCUAUGGGCUCUUAAUAUUCUUGUUCAGUCAGUCGGCGCGGAGGUUCUGGGCCACGGAUGGAGUAGAUAUGGCCCGCAGUUACUUCGAAGACCAGGCUUUUGAGCACAUCAAGAACGAAACGCUGGGGUUCGAGCACAUCUUCGCGAUCGGGCUGAAGGAACGGACGGACAAACGCGACUUCCUCACAUUAGCUGCCUCGAUGGCGGGCUUUCAGGUCGAAUGGCUUGAUGGGGUGCGACCGACGGAGAUCAACCAGAAGUCCUUGCCAAAUGAAAACAGCCUCAAGCCAUCGGAAAUCGGCUGCUGGCGCGCACAUAUGAACGCACUCACCAAAGUGGUCGAGAACUCGUACUCCACUGCCCUCAUUCUCGAAGACGACGCGGACUGGGACAUCUUCAUCAAGCAACAACUGCGCGAGUUCGCGCGCGGAGUGCGGGCGCUGACGGGCAACACACACGGGUCGCGGCAGGCUCCCUACGGGACCAACUGGGACGUGCUCUGGAUCGGCGGGUGUGCUUCAGCGGCUAAAGCCAACGAGACGCAAUUCUUCGCGAUUCCGCAAGACCCGACGGCGCCCAGCGUCGACCACCGCGGCACGUGGGGCGGACCGCUCAAGGAGUGGAAGACGCAGUACCCAGAGUUCCCAGAGACGUCGACGCGGUUCGUCUACCGGGCGGAGUACGGGUGCUGCACCUACGGCUACGCGGUGACCAAGCGCGGGGCGGAGCGGAUCCUGGCCGCCCUCGCCGUCGACCGCAUCGUCGCCGCCGUUGACAACUCCAUGGGCGACCUGUGCGGCGGCAAGGACGGUCGGCCUCAGAUCGAAUGCUACGCUCCCUUUCCCAACCUUGUCGGCACCUACCGGGCGGCGGGCCCCGCCUCCAAGGACUCGGACAUCCACAAUGGCACCGACGAGUGGCACGAGGCCCAGGCCUGGAAUCUGAUGUAUAGCACCCGGUUAAAUAUUCAUAACCUGGUCGCCGGGAAGGAUACCGUGUACGCACAGUAUGAAGAGAAGUUCCCGUGGUCCAAGUGGAAGCUGAGUCGGAAGAACUUUCAUUAUCCGCAAGGGUAUCUGGUGCAUUAGUUGUACUCCUUCCUGUUGCUUUCCUCAUUUCCUAGUCUGGAAGGUCUAGAUUCCAUCGCUUUGUUCUAGUAGCACUGGUGUUGGAGGUGGUGUAUGCACAGCGGUCGCAUCAUCAGUACAUCAUGGGUUCCGUGCAUUUUGAUCCUCUAUUAGCAUUGUUG